GUGCCCGACGGAGUGCAAGCGGUAGUGACGCCGUCGACGCGCAACGGCCACCGCGUCUUCAGCUACACUCUGGAGAGCCACACGGCGGCCGCCUUCGCCAUCAUGAACGAGCUGCGGCUGGACGGCCAGCUGUGCGACGUGACGCUUCGCGUGUGUUACAACGACCUGGAGGCCGUGGACUUCGUGGCACACAAGGUGGUGCUGGCAUCGUCCUCUCCGGUCUUCAGAGCCAUGUUCACCAACGGCCUGAAGGAGUGUGGGAUGGAGGUGGUGCCCAUCGAGGGGAUACACCCCCGGGUGAUGGGCAGGUUGAUAGAGUUUGCCUACACGGCCAGCAUCUCUGUGGGGGAGAAGUGUGUGAUCCACGUCAUGAGCGCCGUCAUGUACCAGAUCGACAGCGUGGUCAAGGCCUGCUGCGACUUCCUGGUUACGCAGCUGGACCCUAGCAACGCCAUCGGCAUAGCCAGCUUCGCCGAGCAGAUCAGCUGCACGGAGCUCCAUCAGAAAGCUCGGGAAUAUAUCUACAUGAACUUCAGCCAGGUGGCGACCCAGGAGGAGUUCUUCAACCUCUCCCAAUGCCAGCUGGUCACUCUCAUCAGCCGCGACGAACUCAACGUGCGCUGUGAGUCGGUGGUCUUUCAGGCUUGUGUGGCGUGGGUCCGGUACGACCGGGAGAACCGGCGGCCCUACGUCCAAGCCCUGCUCCAGGCCGUGCGGUGCCACUCCCUCACCCCACACUUCCUCCAAGCCCAGCUGCAGUCUCUGGAGUGGGACGACCAGUGUAAAGACUACCUGGCYCAGAUCUUCCAGGACCUCACCCUCCACAAGCCCACCAAGGUGAUCUCGUGCCGCACGCCCAAAGUGCCCCAGCUCAUCUACACAGCAGGGGGAUACUUCCGUCAGUCCCUGUCCUAUCUGGAAGCCUACAACCCCUGUACUGGGGCCUGGCUGAGGCUAGCUGACCUUCAGGUCCCCCGGAGUGGCCUGGCUGCCGUGGUCAUCUCUGGGCUGUUCUACGCUGUCGGAGGAAGGAACAACGCUCCUGACGGGAAUAUGGACUCAAACACGUUGGAUUGUUAUAAUCCCAUGAACAACUGCUGGUUGCCUUGUGCUCCCAUGAGUGUACCCAGGAACAGGAUAGGAGUGGGGGUGAUUGACGGGAUGAUCUAYGCUGUCGGAGGGUCGCAUGGAUGUAUUCAUCAUAACAGCGUGGAGAGGUAUGACACCCAGACAGGGAACCAGUGGCACCUGGGCCCCAUGUUGACGCGGCGUAUCGGGGUGGGCGUGGCGGGUCAUCAACCGGCUUGCUGUAACGCGGUGGGCGGGUUCGACGGCACACACCUCGCCUCCUCAGAGUGUUAUAACCCAGAGAGGGAUGAGGGAAGAGCAUGGCUGCCAAUGAACACUGUGCGCUCUGGGGGAGAACCCGAGACGGACGCGUGGUCGGAGGUGACCCGCAUGAUGUCGGGCCGCAGUGGCGUGGGCGUGGCCGUUACCAUGGAGCCCUGCCAAAAGGACCUGGCCCAGUGUCUGAAGCAUGAGAGGACGGAGGUCACUGGCGGUUGUGAGGGUGUUAGUUUGGGGUGUUCAGGGACAGGAGGGGACUCUGGRUCGUACCAUAACUCCAGACACGGUGCCUUCGGCAAGGGGACUUGAGUCGUACACUCUCCACCAUCCCUGGCUCAGUCCUCUUCAGUCCUCAGUCUUCCAUGGAAAGGCGCCCCCGCCUUGAAUAGAAGACAGAAACACAGGUCUUCUGAAAAACACAAGAUCUCAGAGGCCCUCCCUAGCCAUGUUGGUUUCACACAACUUCAGUCAUAUGUGACAAGUUGUUUAAUGAUAAAUUGUAUAUAGUUUAUGAUCUAGCACGUUGAUUCACUCACUGUUCCCGCGAUAACAAUGCAGAUGGGCAAAGUCAUAGAAAUAGGAGUUCUAGAUUGUUUAAUCUGUUCAAAUCUACUUCUAUGUGCUCCAUCCCAUACCACCACAGUAGCACUAUAGCUCYCUCUUGGACCAAUGUUUCCCUGGUCUACACCAAGAGGAGAAAGGGCUGUACAAUGUAUUUGAAAGGCUACYAACUAACCUCUGUCUACUAAAUUAGUAGUCACUUUUUUUCUAUUUCAAGACCAGCCUGUGCAGAUAAACCAAAUAUUUUUGGGAGGGGAAGAAAUAUACAACAUUGCAUACCUUCAAACAACAAGAAAGUGUAAGACAAAGUACCUUUUGCUGAGAAUUUUCCUGAACAGCAGUAAAUGCAAACUUGUARUGCAUUCAAGGUUUAAAAAGGCUUCUAAAGUUUGAAUUUUCCACUUAAAAAUKUUAGAUUUGAUUUUGCCUAAUGAAAAAUGGAUCAACCCUACACAAAAAAUGUCCCUUAUUAAUUAUAAUCCACAUAAUUCACAUUUUCUGUUGCUGCAGGAUUAUUUUCCUACUGUAGCAAACUGGCUCAAAUGAAAGAUCUUACAUCUGUAGUACUUUUGGCAAAGUCUGUAGACAAAUGGGGAAUUUUAGGGUUUUCCUAAUAUAAGUGCCAUUACUAUGCCUGCUGGCAUGAUUACCACCAUCAGUAUACAGACCACUCUCUGGUGGCAAGAAAGCACGUUGGUGCUCGGGCUGAGGGUUGGAGACUUAGCCUACAGUGGUCGAAGUAGGCCUAGAGAGCCCCAAGACUGAGUCUAGAUACUAUCGGCUCAAUAGCGUCGCAAACCAAUCAUAAAGAAUAUGUGGGACGGGAAUGUACUGAAAAGUGUUUAGAGUAGGGAACUCACAAGGACCGCCCAUAAGGACAAAGAAGUGUCAAUUCAUUUUAAACCAUUACACACAAAUAUAUCUCCAAUCUCCCCCCUGCGAUUGCUUUUGGGUUUUAACACUCGUACGCACAUCUGGCCAAACCACGGGUCAAGUGACCAUUGUUGUGCAUUAAGUCACAUUGAUAAUGUCACUAAAUGGGAAGAAGAGAAGAAAAGGGCGGAGUCCCAAAUGGCACCCUAUUCCUAUACGUGCCACUACGUUUGACCAGAGCCCUAUGGGCCCUUAUCAAGAGUAGUGCACCAAAUAUUUCCCGAUGACUCGCACUGAAUUGAAUUCCGCUGCUCUCUCGAUGGAGAAGGAAUGUCAGUGGCGCGGAGCCUGCCAAAACUAAUUUGGGAAUAGAGUGCUAUUUAGUACAGGCUACUUAAAGAAAUGUAUUUGUAACAGCGGUUUAAUUAAACUACAAAGGUUUUGUAAGUGAUGUUUUGUACAUUGAUAUUAUAUUCCAAUAGAGUCUUGUACAGAAGAAUUUAAGAGCUGAAGUUUUUUAUUUAUUAAUUUUGUCCUUUUUUUCUUGUUUGCUUUGACUGACUACAACGACUUGUAUUAAAAUUGACUCUGAUAUUGUUUUCCUGCUAAUGAGAAGCAUGCAUUGUAUUUAGCAUGCCUGUUGAAUGCCUACAUUUGUAAAGAAAGGUUGCCUCUUUUGAAAGGACUUUUUCCCGCUUCUUAGUAGUUAAAGAAAUAUAAUAGAAUAUUUAAAGAAAUGCUUUGUACAUUUUUCAGCAAACAAACACUGUACAAACACAUUGUAUAUUAAAAUAUGUUUAUUUUAACAGUGGCA